AUAGGACUUGAGUUCGCCCAGCGGUUACAUCAUUAAUUAGGUUGCGGGCGACGGUUCAACAUCUGAACGAUCUUUGCAGUAGAAAGUAACUUUUUGUGCCCUGCGGGGCCGUUAGUGACCACGGGAAGCUCAGGAUAGCGUAGAAGUAUUAGCUGCUGCAGUUACACGUUAUAUAGGCCGUUCUGGUGUCAUCUGAGCUUGGCGGGAGCUGCUGACAGCGCUGUGGGCAGCUGCGGUGGACAGCAGCAGACAGCAAAAUGCUUACAAAGUUUGAGACUAAAAGCAAUCGUGUGAAGGGCCUGUCCUUCCACCCAAAGCGGCCAUGGAUCCUUGCGUCGCUCCACAGCGGUGUAGUCCAGCUGUGGGACUACCGCAUGGGCACACUGAUCGACCGCUUUGACGAGCACGACGGGCCUGUGCGUGGCGUGCACUUCCACAAGUCACAGCCGCUAUUCGUGUCUGGUGGCGACGACUACAAAAUUAAGAUCUGGAACUACAAGCUGCGCCGUUGCUUGUUCACGCUACUUGGCCACCUGGACUACAUCCGCACGGUGCAGUUCCACCAUGAGUACCCCUGGAUUGUCAGCGCUAGCGACGACCAGACUAUCCGGAUAUGGAACUGGCAGUCCCGCACGUGCAUUUCGGUGCUCACGGGCCACAACCACUACGUCAUGUGCGCCAUGUUCCACCCGAAGGAGGACCUGGUUGUGUCCGCCUCCCUGGACCAGACGGUCCGCGUGUGGGACAUUAGCGGCCUGCGCAAGAAGACGGUGGCUCCGGGUGGGGAGGACGUGCUGCGCCUGCCUCAAAUGAACGCGGACUUGUUUGGCGGUGGUGACGCUGUGGUCAAGUAUGUGCUGGAGGGCCACGACCGGGGAGUCAACUGGGCCGCCUUCCACCCCUCGCUGCCGCUGAUUGUGUCCGGAGCCGAUGACCGCCAGGUCAAGCUCUGGCGCUACAACGAGAGCAAGGCCUGGGAGGUGGACACGUUGCGUGGCCACACCAACAACGUGUCUUGCGUCAUGUUCCACGCUCGCCAGGACCUGAUCAUCUCCAACUCGGAGGACAAGAGCAUCCGGGUGUGGGACAUGUCGAAGCGCACGGGCGUGCAGACCUUCCGUCGCGAGCACGACCGGUUCUGGAUCCUGUCCAGCCACCCGGAGAUCAACCUGCUGGCGGCGGGACACGACGGCGGCAUGAUUGUGUUCAAGCUGGAGCGCGAGCGGCCCGCGUGCGCCGUGCACGGCAACGUCCUGUACUACGUGAAGGACCGCUACCUGCGCACCUACGACUUCACCACGCAGCGCGACAACCCGCUCAUGUCCAUCCGCCGGGCGGGCAGCGCGGGCGCCAACCAGGGCCCCAAGACGCUGGCAUACAACCCGGCGGAGAACGCGCUGUUGAUCACCUCGGACCUGGACGGCGGCACGUACGAGCUGUACGCCAUUCCCAAGGAGGCGGCGCGAGGCGACACGGCGCCGGAGGCCAAGCGGGGCCUGGCCACCUCGGCGGUCUUCAUCGCGCGCAACCGGUUCGCCGUGCUGGACAAGCCGAACAACACCAUCCAGAUCCGCAACCUGCAGAACGAGAUCACCAAGAAGGUGCCCACGCCCUGCCCCACCACGGACGCCAUCUUCUACGCGGGCACGGGCAUGCUGCUGUGCCGCUCGGAGGACAAGGUGACGCUGUUCGACAUCCAGCAGCGCUCCUCCAUGGCCGAGCUCACCACCCCCUUCAUCAAGUACGUGGUGUGGAACAACGACAUGUCCAUGGUGGCGCUGCUCUCCAAGCACGCCAUCAUCAUUGCCGACAAGCGCCUGGGCGGCGCGCAGACGGUGCACGAGACCAUCCGUGUCAAGUCGGCGGCCUGGGACGACAACGGCGUGCUGCUGUACACGACGCUCAACCACCUCAAGUACUGCCUGCCCAACGGCGACUCGGGCAUCAUCCGCACGCUGGACUCGCCGCUGUACGUGACGCGGGUGGCGGGCAACGUGGUGCACGCGCUGGACCGGGAGGGCAAGAACCGCUCCAUCCAGGUGGACCCCACCGAGUACAUGUUCAAGCUGGCGCUGCUGCAGGGCCGCUACGACGCGGUCAUCAACAUGGUGCGCGGCGGCGGCCUGUGCGGCACCGCCAUCAUCUCCUACCUGCAGCAGAAGGGCUUCCCCGAGGUGGCGCUGCACUUUGUGACGGACGAGCGGUCGCGGUUCAACCUGGCGGUGCAGUGCGGCAACAUCGAGGUGGCGCUGCAGGCGGCGCAGGCGCUGGACGACAAGGACACCUGGUACCGCCUGGGUGUGGAGGCUCUGCGCCAGGGCAACUACAACAUUGUGGAGUUCUCCUACCAGAAGACCAAGAGCUACGAGCGGCUGUCCUUCCUGUACCUCAUCGCGGGCCACACGGACAAGCUGCGCAAGAUGCUCAAGAUCGCGGAGAUGCGGUCGGACGUGAUGGGCCGCUUCCACAACGCGCUCUACCUGGGCGACGUCAAGGAGCAGGUCCGCAUCCUGGAGGAGACGGGCCAGCUGCCGCUAGCAUACGUGGCCGCCAACACGCACGGCCUCACGGAGGACGCUGAGCGCCUGCUCGCCAAGCUGGGCGGCGAGGCGCCGGAGGCUUCGGAGCCAGCUGCGGGCGCCGUGCUCAUGCACCCGCCGCAGCCCAUCCUGCGGGAGGACAACUGGCCGCUGCUUACCGUGUCCAAGGGCUUCUUCGAGACGCUCGCGGCCAAGGGCGCGAAUGCGGCGGCGGCAGCGGGUGCCGCAACUGCAGGCACGGCUGCGGCGGGGACCAAGGCGCGCGGUGCUGCUGCCGCGGCGGCUGCGAUGGAGCUGGACGAGAGCGCGCUGGAGGGCGCCGGCUGGGGGGCGGACGAGCUGGACUUGGGGCUGGGCGGCGAAGAGGUCGCGGCGGACCCCCUGGAGGGAGUUGCCGGCGAGGGCGGCUCGGAGGGCUGGGAGAUGGAGGACCUCGACCUGCCGGCGGACGUGGUGGCCGAAGCCGCCGCUGCUGCCGCCGCUGGCGGUGCCGCCGUCGCCUUCACGGCGCCGGCGCCCGGAGUGCCCGCCAGCCAGCGCUGGCUGGAGCGGCGGACACAGCUGGCGGCGGAGCACGCGGCCGCGGGCAGCUGGGCCACCGCCAUGUCGCUGCUGCACCGGCAACUGGGCGCGGCCGACUUCGAGCCGCUCAAGCCGUACUUCAUGGACCUCUAUACGGCGGCUUUUGCCGUACAGCCCGGUCUUAGCGGUGUGCCGGCGGUCAUGGCGCACGUCGACAGGACCUGGUCCAGCGACUCUUCCUCGCAGCCGCCCAGCUCCCCCACGCUGCUGUACAGCCUGUCGGGUCUGGAGGAGGCUCUGAAGGCUGCGUACAAGCUGGUGACGGAGGGCAAGUUCAGCGAGGCGCUGCGGUCGUUCACGCGCAUGCUGCACGUCAUCCCGUUCACGUUGGUGGAGGGGCGCAAGGAGGUGGACGACGUAAAGGAGCUGCUCACCAUCUGCCGCGAGUAUCACACGGCGCUGCGGUGCGAGCUGAAGCGCAAGGAGCUGCGCGACGACGACAUGGGCCGCAACGCCGAGCUGGCCGCCUACUUCACGCACUGCCGCCUGCAGCCGGUGCACCUGGCGCUCUCGCUGCGCUCCGCCAUGACCAUCUUCUUCAAACUCAAAAACUUCGCCACAUGCGCGACCUUCUGCCGCAGGUUGUUGGAGCUCAAUGCGGGCGCCAAGAUUGCGGAGCAGGCACGCACCGUCCUUGCGGCGUGCGAGAAGAACCCCACAGACGCGGUCAAGGUCAAUUACGACCCGCGCAACCCCUUCGACCUGUGCGCGCUCACCUUCACGCCCAUCUACAAGGGUUCCAAGUACGUGGAGGACCCCUACACGGGCGCGCGCUUCGUGCCGGACUGCAAGGGGCAGAUCUCGCCGCUGGGCGACUUUGUGCGCAUCGGCGCGGACGCGUCCGGGCUGUACAUCUCGGCCUCGCAGCAGAUGCGGUAACUGCUUCACAGAGCAGGCGGCGUUGUGUGAGGGACAGACGGCUUGGUAACUGAAGUGGUUAAAGAGGGCGAGCGCCGCAGGGACUCUUACCGAAGCCGAGUUCGGGUGGUAAUUCCUCGGCUGUGUGGUGGCGUCCCGUGCUCUGCAACGGCAGUCGCUGGUUUAGUGGCAUGAAGCUCACAGUAAAGGUUCGUGUCAUUUGGUGUCGUUAAACAAGUUCUGGGCCUCUGUUCGUUACGUACAUGACUGAGGCUAUUGAAUUGUACGGCAUAAGGCGCAGGGGCUUGAGCGUGAUUUCGUACAUGCUAGGAACCAAUUUCGCUCGGCAUCUGCGAGCCAGCUCAGAAGGGACGACGAGUUAGUGGAGGCUUGCACUACUGCCAGGACUAUGGGGUCAAAGCAGCAUGGCUUUAGGGUCAGGAAGGUGUGUUGGUGCUGCUGCUGCUGAGCCACAAUGCGUACAUAGCGGUGAGGGUGGACACGGGUGGGCAGGCUUCAGUGCCAUUAUUGCAUGAUGGAUGCAUGCAGAUCUGCAGGCAGGUUGAAACCCGGGGAUGUAGUUGGGUAGGUUAGACAGUGGACUGACGACAUGACUACGGACGCUUCACCAUGGUUACCAGUUUGACAAUCGCAUAGGUAGGAGUACCUCCAUGGGUAGUGAACUUGGGAUGGUCGCUUGCCACAAACGGCCAAGGAUGCACAGGACUUGUGUCCUCCAGCUCGUGUAAGACGAUUGAUUGGUGGGAGCACGCACAGGCCCAACACGUCCAUCAGCAUGGUAAUCUUCCCUUUGUGGGGUCGGGGGCUUGGAUUGCAG